AUGCCCACGGUGCACCUAUUAGAUUAUGUUGCCGGCAACAUCAGGAGUCUGGUGAAUGCCAUUGAGAAGUGUGGCUACGAGGUCGAAUGGGUCCGAUCUCCUGAGGAAGUUCCCAAUGCAGAGAAACUUAUCCUCCCCGGUGUCGGCCACUUUGGCCAUUGUCUUUCCCAGCUUUCUCAAGCCGGCUAUCUAGAACCUAUCAAGAAACACAUUGCUGAUGGAAAGCCCUUUUUCGGUGUUUGCGUUGGCCUACAAGCUCUCUUCCAGGGUUCUGUCGAGGAUCCUGACAUCCCCGGUCUCGGAGUUGUACCAGCUACUUUGGAUCGAUUCGACGACUCAAGUAAAUCGGUACCUCACAUCGGUUGGAACAAUGCCUUCACGGCUGGGAAGGCCAUGUACGACCUUCAGCCGGACUCAAAGUAUUAUUAUGUUCACUCGUACAAGUGCCCCUACGAGCCAGGAGAGCUUGAGUCGCAAGGAUGGGCUGUUGCGACUGGCACAUACGGCACCGAGACUUUCGUAGGUGCCAUCGCCAAGGGCAAUAUCUAUGCAACCCAAUUCCACCCAGAGAAGUCCGGCGCCGCCGGCCUAAGGACGCUCCGUGCUUUUCUCACGGGUGAAGGUCUGAAAACCCUCGGUAAUGUAGUCGAUGAAGCUGUCGCCAAUGCUCCUGUCAAGUUCGAGGACAGCCUGACACGACGAGUCAUUGCAUGCUUGGAUGUGCGAACAAACGACCAAGGCGAUCUGGUUGUCACCAAGGGUGACCAGUACGAUGUCCGCGAGAAGGGCGACGAUCGCAACGUGCGUAACCUAGGCAAGCCUGUCGAGAUGGCUAAGCGAUACUACGAAUCUGGGGCGGACGAGGUCACGUUCCUUAACAUCACUUCUUUCCGGGAUUGUCCAGUCGCCGAUCUCCCCAUGCUUGAGAUCGUUCGUCAAACGUCUCGCACUGUUUUUGUGCCCCUAACCAUUGGUGGUGGUAUCCGUGAUACCGUAGACACUGAUGGCACAAAGGUUUCAGCGCUCGAGAUUGCCACCAUGUACUUCAAGUCUGGUGCUGACAAGGUCUCGAUCGGGUCUGAUGCUGUUCUUGCUGCCGAAGAGUACUACUCUCUCGGUCGUAAGCUCUUUGGUAACACUGCCAUCGAACAGAUUUCACGGGCCUAUGGUAAUCAGGCCGUCGUUGUGAGCGUUGACCCCAAGCGCGUCUAUGUUCCCAAGCCAGAUGCUACCCGACACAACAUCGUCAAGACACAGUUCCCCGGUCCCAAGGGUGAGGAGUACUGUUGGUACGCCUGCACGAUCAAGGGCGGUCGUGAAACACGGGAUAUGGAUGUAGUCGAGCUUACACAGGCUGUCGAGGCGAUGGGAACCGGAGAGAUUCUCCUCAACUGCAUUGACAAAGACGGUACCAACAGUGGGUUCGACUUUGAGCUCAUCAACCAAGUCAAAGGAGCUGUCAAGAUCCCCGUCAUUGCCUCAAGUGGUGCUGGCAACCCGUCUCACUUUGAAGAUGUAUUCCAAAAGACUCCAACAGAUGCCGCUUUGGGCGCUGGAAUGUUCCACCGCGGCGAGUACACAGUCAAGCAAGUGAAGGAUUACCUACAAGAAAAGGGUCUCAAGGUGAGACAGUUCGAAGAGGGCUUUUAG